GGCCAUUCUACUAGCUUCGACGUUGAGAGAUCUCUCUUUGCUAGCUGUUGAAUGAUUGAUGAUGCUUCUUCAACUUUGAAGGUCUCAGAUACCGUGAUACGUGAAGUUCAUUCUUAAUGCUAGUGAAUUUUGAAUUAACAGUUUAUAAUUCUCUGGGAUUUUGAUCAAUGAGCUAUAGCCACGGACAGAUGACGAUAUCAAUGGAAAAUAUAGUUGCUUCAUUGCAAGGAACUCUGAAAGUAGAAGUGCUAAGUGCAGUAGUGCCUUUACUCAUUUUCCUGUCUAUGGGUCUGAUUGGCUUAGUUCUUGCCCACCCAAAAUACCAACUAGUCCCCCGAGCUACUUUCACAUUUCUAAGCAAGCUGGUGUUUGUUAUCUUCUUGCCCUGCUUGAUCUUCACCUAUCUCGGCCCAACAAUCACUCUGAAGAACUUACUGCUCUGGUGGUUCAUUCCGGUAAAUGUUGUUCUGAGUACCGCCAUUGGCUGCGCAUUGGGGUUGCUGGUGGCGCUAAUCUGUCGGCCUCCCCGCGACUACUUUCGAUUCACCAUAAUCAUGACUGCCUUUGGAAACACAGGUAAUCUGCCCCUUGCAAUUGUUACCUCUAUUUGUCAAAGUGAUGAUAACCCUUUCGGUUCUGAUUGUUACGACUAUGGUGUGUCAUAUGUAUCAUUCUCCCAAUGGGUUUCUGUUAUUCUGGUUUACACACUUGUUUACCAUAUGAUGGAGCCCCCAUUACGAGAUCAGAGUCUGCUUGUUGAGGAAGAAGAAGAUGAUGAAGGUGAGAUAUUUGAGGAUAUUAUUUCUGAUCCAAACUACGAAAAUGAAAAUCAUCUCAGUAGGCCGCUUCUUGUUGAGGCUGAAUGGCCUGGAAUUGAAGAUAACGAAACUGAGCACUGCAAGACACCCUUUAUUGCAAGACUCUUUAAUACUAGAAGCUCCUCUGCUCGACUUUCAGUCUCCACUAUUCCAGAUGUAAAUGGCCUAAUUGAAGAGGAGGGAACAUCCAACUCCAAGUGUUUGGCGGAGCCUAGAAUGGUCAGAAAGAUUAGAUCAGUAGUGGGGAUGACACCAAUUCAUCACAUUCUUCAGCCCCCAACAAUUGCAUCCCUGUUGGCUAUUAUCAUUGGGAUGGUUCCCACUUUGAAAUCAAUUGUCUAUGAUGACGAUGCAGUUCUUUCAUUCUUUACAGACAGCUUAGAAAUUCUAUCCGAGGCCAUGGUGCCUUCUGCUAUGCUUGUUCUUGGAGGAAUGCUUGCUCAAGGACCAAAUGAAUCCAAUCUGGGAAUUCGAACUACAGUUGGGAUAAUUAUUGCAAGACUUUUCAUACUUCCUUUGAUUGGAAUUGGUGUCAUUCAUUUGGCUGAUAAAUGGAAUAUUCUGAUAGCCGGAGAUCAAAUGUUUCGGUUGGUCCUUUUGCUGCAGUACACAAUGCCAAGUGCCAUCUUGUUAGGAGCCAUUGCAAGCUUGAGGGGUUAUGCCGUUAAGGAGGCUUCAGCACUGCUCUUCUGGCAGCAUGUCGUUGCUGUUUUUUCUAUUUCAUUCUACAUACUCGUGUACUUCUAUAUAUUGUUUUGA